AUGGAUGACGAAAGUCUUCUCUGGGCUGCAUUGGAUGGAGAUAUUGAGUAUUUAAAGGAACUGCUGACUGCCAGGGAGUGCGACAUCAAUGUCCAGCAGGACGAGCAUGGGGGUACACCACUACACUGGGCUGCCUUUUUUGGCUUCACACAAUGUGUCCGGCUUCUCCUCCAACACGGGGCUGAUACCAAUAUACAGACUGAGAAUGGGUGGACAUCACUUUACAUUGCUGCCAAGCGCGGCCACACGCAGUGUGUUCAGCUUCUCCUCCAACACGGGGCGGAUACCAGUAUACAGGCUGAGGAGAGAAAGACACCAAGAAUGGUGGCAGAGGACGAAGAUCAUGCUGCCGUAGUAGAGUUGUUCAGGCGUUUUGAAAUACCAGAUAUACAGAGGUUUGUACUGACCAGGGCUUUGGAGCGCCUUGCUGAACUAUUAGAUUCUGCUGAAUACACCAUUAUUAACCAGACCAACCUGAGCACAAACUUCCCUGAAGUCUCACAAUUCCAAAAGGUGCAGGAACUGAAAGACUGGGUCAACAAGAACAAUUAUAAAAACAUUAGAGAUUUAAGGGUCGGGCUACAGUCUGCAAACCUUCCACGACUUUCCGAUGCAGCAGGGGACUGUUAUGCUGGGGUGGUGACGGAAAUUUUAAACAUGACCCCUGAUGAAUUUGAAGAACGAUGUAGAACUUUGGUCACUGCGAGGCACAUGCACACGUCGCAUUCGGCAACCACUGACCAACAAGAUGCUAGUGUGUCCUUGGAUCAAUACUGCUACGACGCGUUCAUUGCGUACAGCGGCGAGGAUGAAGCCACGAUAGAACCGGUUCUACACCAGCUAAAAGAACUGCGGGUAAAGCUUUGGUAUGCCAAAGAAGACCUCAUACCUGGAACACAAGUGAUUAGUUCCAUAAGUGAAGCGAUCAUUGCAUCCAAACAUACCGUUGCGUUCCUGUCCAAGAGUUUUGUCCAAAGUCGAUGGUGUCAACAAGAGCUGCAAUAUGCCAUGCAAGAAGCCCUCUAUGCGAAAAGAGAUGUCCUCAUUCCGGUGGUAAUGAACAUUUCACCUGAGGAAAUUCCUGCCGAGAUAAAAGGCUUGAAAUUCAUUCUUUUUGGNAGACGCCCCCGUUGUAUCACUGACAUUGCAAAUAAAGUUGAACUGAAGUCUUCUUCGGUAAGCGGCAAACCCCCUGGGGAAUCUGUGCUGUAG